AUCCACAUCUGCCGACAUAAAACUCUCCACAUGCUUCUCAACCGUUCGUCUGGUUCAGAGCGCCACCGAUUCGGCCAUUGCGAUGACUGGGAGAAGGUUGUGGAUCAGUCUCCAAAAAAAACCGCUGCUACUGACACCAGUAACAAGAAGGGCGGCAUAAAGAGUGGAGUGGAUGAUAGUGAAGGAUUGUUACCAGCUCCAAGGAGCGUCAAUCCUCCCGCCAGUUUCAAACGCCAAGUCACCGAUAAUCUUCAGAGGUGGGUCAUUGAAGUAAACGGAGCCCCUGGAACUCUAUAUGCAAAUGAAACUUACCAGCUUCAGGUUGAUUUCCCCGAGAAUUACCCGAUGGAAUCUCCCCAGGUUGGAAGAAACCUAGAAGUGAGAGUAAAUCUACAAGGGAGCUGUUCUACAUCGACAAAAAGAGACAAUAUUGCCAUGUCAUCAAUUGGUUCCGUGACGGAAAGACCGUUUGAGUUCUUGAAAGAUAAAGUUUAAGGAUGAUUUGAGUACUUUCUGAAGUUAAAGGAUGAAUUGAGUUCCAAAAAGAAAGUUUAGGGACCAAAUUGGGUAUUAAAUCUUUUUAAAAAGGAAGGAAGAAAUUGAAUGGAAAUUGAGAGAAAGAGAAAGCAUGGUUUCUCCUCUCCGGUUGGGUGAAUGUCUACACCCUUUCAUGUUUAUGGCUUUAUGUUCUAUGUUAUGUUGUAUUGUUUUUGUUAUAAAUAGCAGAAUAUUAA